AUGCCCAGCGGGACCCCCGCCCAUCAUCGCCACGCGACUCCAAAGCCCACCGUGGCAGAGCGGCCGAAUGGGCAUAAGGAGGCGCACCCACAGGCGAUACCUCUGCCCAACGCUGUACCAGGAGACUGUCCCUCCGUCUCGUGGGAACAAUUCCACUCGGCUAUGAGUGCGCUAAGAGCCGUUAUGGGGGGGAUCGUGGAACCCGGCGAAAGGACUCCCAUCCUACCAGAAGACGGCAGCACAAUGCAAGCCUUUCUGCUGCGCAUCGAUCGCCGGUACGCGCUGAAGGGAAUGGAGCCGCGUGAGUGGGGAAACGCGCUUAUAGACUAUCUCGUGGGGCCGGCUCUAACGUAUUGGAUGUAUCUACAGCGAACUAUCGAUCUAAGCGACUGGACGACCGUAAAGCACCGGCUUUUGGAACGGUUUAACAGAACAAUGUCACAGAGCGAACUGCUAACUGAGUUGGCUAAAGUGCGGUGGAAUGGUAACCUGAAGGAAUACACGGACCGGUUUGCGACUGUAGCGGAGCGGGGUAUGAGUCUUACCCCUGCCGAACUCGCGGAAUUCUACUGCACAGGGCUACCGACUGACCUCCAUCUCUCAAUAAUUAAUGACGGACAAGUGAAAUACCUGACGUGGGAACAAGCGGCGACAGCCGCAACUCGGCUCUACGAGCCCAAGCAGAGCGUGUUGGAACUCCGCGAAAGAAACAGUCGAGCUAUUAGGGCUGCCAUGCAAGCUAAUGGACCCCGUGGGAGCCAGGAAAUAGAAAAUCGCUCUGGGGGAACCCGAGGAAACUGUUUUGAGUGUCAGGAUCGCGGACACCCGGCACGCGUCUGCCCCAGCAAAGGGGAACGUACCAAGCGUCCGGGGGAAACCUGCAAGAGAUGUGGAGGCGUAGUUGGAGACGAGCGUUCUAGGCCGCGUAGCCAUGGCAAGGGGAUGAUGUGCGCGGUGGCGACAGGCCCCAAUGCCAUCCCAGUCUCCCUUGAGGGGAGAAACCAACUCCUCAGCACUGCGGAAGGAACUAAGACGAGCGAGGAGCACGAGGAAGAGCCUCGGCCGCUCUCGGAAAUGCGGUGGAAGUCUGGGCCAACGUCGAUCCUGAAUGAGGAGACUCCGGACGCGACGACGGAUAGCCGCAGGAAGUCUGCGGAGGCAACGAAAGAAGGCAAUGGGUCCGACGUGACAGAGAUUCUGCCACACUGGUGGAGGGAGACUUACAUGAAAGAGUCUUACGACCAAGGGGGAGUGUUGUGUUGUGUGGGUGCGACGGCAGUACUUCGCGUUGAGCUCGCAGGGAGUCCAUGUGAGGCCCUCUUGGACACUGGAGCUUCACGAAGUUUCAUUAGUCCCAAAACAGUCGAACGACUGCAGCUGAAAGUGCGGAUGCUUCCAAGGGAACAUAGGUUCACUGUGGCCACAGGUGCACAGCUACGCAUUGACCGGGUUGUAACGGGACUGACGUUGUGGUGCGGACAUGCACGUUUUUCCGGGGACUUUCUAGUGGGACCCGUUCCCUAUGACUUAGUCUUGGGCUUGGACUGGCUGACGGAACACAAGCCCAGCCAAGCAGAACAAGCGUACGAGAUACUGGCAAAGCAAGUGGCGGGUAUGUCUGCCGAGGAGGCGGCCAUAUUCCUACGCCCACCUCCUAGGAGGUAUAAACCCCACGCGAAGAAGAAGGCGAAGGCGCGGAUAACGUCGCUCGUUCGUCAAGCGGCUGCGGACACAAAGGAUCUAAAGGCUCCUAUGCACGGUUUGCACCUCAUACUGGCUUUACCCGAAGCCGAUCAGCUCACAUUCCACAAACAGGAGAUAGCUAAGUUGUCGGACAAUGGUUGGACCGGACCGACCUACUCCCCUAUUUGCUCGCCUACAAUCAUGGUGGACAAGCGCGAUGAUGGCUCCGGGGAGCGGAAAAUGCGUAUGGUUGUAAACUAUCAGGCACUAAAUGCCCUUACGAUAGCCCCUGAAUUUCCCUUACCUCCCAUCCUAACCAUUCUCGAGAUGCUGGGAGGCGCCCAGUACUUUCCCACCCUGGACCUAGAAGCAGGCUUCCAUCAAAUACGCAUGGCUAAGGAAGACCGGUGGAAGACAGCUUUCCGGUCAGUUCUUGGACUAUUCGAGUACCGAGUGAUGCCCUUCGGCCUUAAGGGUGCUCCUGCCGCGUUCCAGGCCAAUAUUAAUGCCUACCUGCAACCGUUACUAAGACAAGGCGUUAUUGCGUAUCUAGAUGAUGUCCUCAUCUAUAGCUCUGAUCUCUCGGGGCACGUAUCUCUCUUGCGACAAGUCCUCAG